UAAUUUUGCUCGCAAUGAGACUUUUUUUUAAAACGAUAAAAAAUGAAUACAUCUCAAGAACAAUAGUUUGAAACUCUUUUAUUUUCAAAGUAUUCGAAUGCUUUUUGUAUAUGCACAGUUUACAAUUAAACCGUAUUCGUUUGUGAGCCCAAACCGAGCGUAAAAGCUUUGAUUUUUGGAGUGCGACGAAGAUAGGCAAUCAACAACAGAACCAAAUAAAGCACGAAUACGAGAGAAGAAAAUUAAAGACAUAUCAUUCAUUAAAAAAGUAUAUACACAGUACACAAUACGUAAUUCAAAUGAAGAAGAGCACCGAAUGAACUGCGAAAAUUAGGUACAUUAGAUACGUACUUUUAGAUACGUUACCAUCAUUCGCAAACCGAAAAAUUGACUUUCUGGAUUUAAUUCAGAAUAAAAAAUAUUGCAAUCGAUAGAAAAAGCAAAAAAAAAAAAACCAACAAAAUUAAAACAUCUAUAAAAGACUGGAAGAAAGUACAUUCAAUUAGACCAAGCAUCGGACAUCCCUGGUGUGACAAUCUAGCGAUUUACUGAUCAAAUCAGUUACCAUGACAUUCCCAUCGGGUGGCUCUGUAUUUGACGAACAAUUACAAUGGGUGAAAGACCAUUUCGAAAAGUGGUCGCAUUGCGAACGCGCCAUUGCCGUUUGUUCAAUGCUCAAACAAUUCCAGCAUCCAACAUUGCGUUUCAUACAUUCAAAAAUCGAAGCAACAUAUGCCCAAAGCUCAGAUUGCGAAAAAAUUAAAUGGAUGGAACAAAAUUCAAAUGACAAAUCGUAUAUUAACGAGCUCUGUGAUUCAUACAAAUCGUUGACAAACACAACAAGUGAUGUGCAAUUAAACAAUAACAACAAAGAUUCAAUUUAUUUUGAAUCGGAUAGACUAAUCAUCGGUGACAUCAAUUCAACCAAUUCAAUAAGUAGUAGUACCAUGAAUAAUAAUAAUAACAACAACUAUAGUAAUAAUAACGCGAACAGCACUAGCAUAAAGGUAAAUUUAGCUGAACAAUUCAGUACAAAAGAAGAGAUCUUAAAAGAGAUCCUUAACUGUAUUCUCAUGCUGAAAAUUGGCAACGACGAUGUGAUCCAAGAGUAUUUGGCGCUAAUACCAUUCAUGGUAGACGACACUCAUCGUCGAAUUAUCAAUGUUGAAGUCGUGAUGCAGACACUAUCGAUAUUGGUCGCUCAUCCAGCACUCUCGUCGGAGAACUUGCGUACGGUAAAAGAGCACAUUGAGCGGCUGAAGUGCAUUAUUCAGGUGCAAAAUGGUCACUUUCAAAAUACAGAUUGGCAAGCAAUUGCUCCUCCAUUGCAUGCAUGCCACUAUAAGACACCAACAACCAAUAUUUUCUCAUCAUUAUCAUCGGUCGGCUCAUCACAAAUUCAGAACGAGAAUCUAUACGACACUCAAAGUGACUAUAUAGAAACUGAUACUGGCAGUGCGGGCCGAAGUAGUGGUGGUGGCAGUGAUUUUUGCCUAUCAAACAUUAGUAUCCCAUGUAAACAGUGUCACAGUGUAAAUACCAACGUGGACGACGCAUAUAGUUUUCUAAAUGCAUCGGAUGAUCAAAAUAUUUCCUUUUCGAAAAAUGGAACCGAAAUCCACGAUUUCAAUCCGGACCAAGAACAUACAAAUGCUCAAUUUAUAAAAAAUUUCACGCUAAAUCCACUGAUUGAUAACAUGGUAUUAAAAACUCGUCGUUCCAACAGUCUAACAACAGGUGGUUUCAAGCAAAAUAACCAAUUUCUGGGUGCCACAUUCACAUCGUCAACGGAAAAUCUAUCGCAUUUACAUAAACCACGAAGCUAUUCAUUGUCCAUUGAAAAUCCAAGAUUAUUGAUGACAGCAAGUGGUUCUGAAACACGAUUGGAUGACUUAAAACCGUCAUUUCAUACGUUCCAAACACAAAAUCCAGGCAUGAAAUAUGUUUAUCCAUGGUUGAAACGAUUACGAUUGCACAAAUACACUCAUAUUUUUGAAAAAUUCACCUUCGAACAAAUGAUGGAUGUCACUGACAGCUAUUUAGAACAAUUAACUGUAACACAAGGAGCCCGAACCAAACUCGUUAACUCCAUCCAGAAGCUCAAAGAGCGAUACUCUCGAUUAAUACAAUGUGAGCAAGACUUGAAAAAUGGUAAAGUAAGCACAGAAAUAGCGAUCCAAUUGCUACUCGAACUUGUCGAAACUCCAAUGAAACCGGUUGACAUAUAUGAUUCAACUGAUGUUGCAGCUCAAUUCCUCAAAUUGUUGAAUACUGUUUGUAAUAUUAUGAACGGUAAACAAAAUGGACCACAAGACGAGGAAUCAAUAAAUCAAUUGAUUCAAAUUUUCGAUAUUGUUCAGUUGAGAAACGUGGAACCAUUCCUAUCAAAUGCGAACCAGCUCAAAGAUUUGCGAUACGAUAUUGAUUUGAUUAAAAUGAAAUUCCCGCCAAAGAACCACUAUCACAAAAAUGGCAAUGGAUCCACAAAUAGUAAUGCAAAUAAAUCGAGAUGGCCCUCGUCUUCAAAAUCGCAUAGCAAAAAUGGGAAUGAAAACAAACCACAUCGAAAGAACUCAAAUCCAAUGACGAACUUUAAUUUGGUUUCAAUACAACAGGCUCAGAAGCAACAAAAGUCACAACAUCUUGGUUCCAAAUCGAAGCAAACGCAACAACGUCCAUCUCGACAAUCCGAAUUUACCAACAACUACCAUCCGACGCCAACAAGCAGUUAUAGUAAAUCAUCAUCAUAUCCAAACUUCAGCAGCAAUGGAAGUAGUAGCGCCAGUUCUACUGGUAGUAGUCAACAGUAUGCUAACAUUGGUAAUCAAAACACCAACACUCCACAGUUACAUCAUUCAUAUCAUCGACAUUCGGUCAGCAAUCUGAUAACUAUUACACCUGCAAAAACAACGGUAACUGUAACACCUACAACUUCAAUUAGUCAACAUCAAAAAACAUCAAGCUGCAUGGGCUUGCAUCUAUCAUCACAAUCAACACCGCAUUCGAAUUUAAGUACCAACAGUUUAAGCAAUAGUGCAGCGACUUCACUCAUAUCGUCUUCCAUCCAAACGGCAAUGAAUUAUUGUUCAAGACAAUGCUUAACCGAACUUACACCCGUAACAACAAUAGGUCGUUCAAGUUCGACGGGUGGUGGUAGCUAUUUAAAACAAACUUCUAACAAAAACAUACUCAGUGAUAUUAGUCCAUAUAGAGAUUUGGAAUUUCUAAGCUUGCAAAUGACUGAACAAGCGAUCAAUUGAAUCAGCAUAAUUAAUAAUAAUGUAUGUAUAAAUUAGUCCGAGAAAUAUUAGCUACUGCUAUUUGCUAGUAUAUGCUGCAUGCUAUAAGUUAAAUAUUCAAAGCAACUGACAAGGGUGACAAUUCGGAUAUUUUUCAUUCACAAAACCGAAUCACACGAUCGAUAUUUUUAUUAUUGUGCCAAGCAGAAUUACAAUUUGACCGCAGUUUGAACUAACUCCAUGUGAGAGAAAAAUUUCUGUCCUAAAUCAAAUGCUAAGCACUAUUUAUGGAAAUGGACUUUAAAAAAAACAAACAUAUUUUAAACAAAUAAGAAAAAAAAAAAAACAGACCACUUAACGGAUGCACUCAAAUUUGGAAGUCUUGACUAAGUGAUUAAAAAGAACAAAAUUCAUCGAUUAGUUCAAUAUGAACCUUAAUGCAACAAAAUUGUAUAUAUUUCAGCUAUUUUUUAUAUUAAAAUUAUUAUGUGGUUUUGUUAAUUCAUUUAUAAGUUAUAUUAAAGUUAUGGACAUACUCUCAUUUCCCUCGUGCAAAAAACGAGGUUGUUUGAGAGUUCGUUUCCAAAUAUUCAGUUUGAA